AAAUUGAUCAGUAAAAAGUUCCGGCAGCAAGCAACACGUUGUGUGCUCAGAAAAAGCAAUAAUUAACAGCACCAAUCGCGUGCAGACAGACAAAGCAACGGACAUACACAAUUUGCACGCCGCCGGUUUAAACAGUUGUUGGUUCUUUUAUUGGAAUUUUUGCUGUGUAAUAGUGAUUUUUCGGUUGCUAAAUUUGAACACAUUUACCACACCACCACAGAUUUCUCUUUAAUCCGUUGCUGCUCCUUACACAGAUAUUAUCGAUCUGGCCAGACAGCAAACUACUGCAUCAUAUGUGUAGCUGUGCUCCUCUCUGCUGCUGCUGACUUGGAAUUGUUAACAAUCAUACGUUUUACAACACCACACACCACAAUUGGAAGUACUACACCAGACAUCUUUGUCGCACUCGUGCAUUCCACAUUGUUACUUGGUCGUAGUUCGUCAUCGUGUCGGUCUCUCUCACAUCGGUUCGGUGCGGUUGAGCAGCAGAAAUAUCGUUGCCGUAGUUGUCGUCGGGGCGCCGUUCUACUCGCAGUGCUGCAAUAUUUCUAGACAAGGGAAUGUAAUUCGGAGAAAAGCUGAGCCAGAGAAAAAUAGCCAAGAACAGAAAACUAUAUAAAGCCAGCCAACCGCAGCUUUUGUGUUUCGUUUGGUUUUACAUUCUAUAGCAUUUUCAAUUAAUUUACAAAAACCCAAUUACUCGUUUUCGUUUCGUGCAAAUCGACAAAGAACAAAAAAGAGAAAAAAAUUAAUCGACUAGCAAGCGAAACGUACAACUAAUACACACUCACCAACACUACACACACAAACACACACACAAGAAAAUCAAAUUUCAAUCAGAAAAUGGCGUUAAAAAGAAUCAAUAAGGAACUGCAAGAUCUGGGCAGAGAUCCACCUGCACAAUGUUCAGCUGGACCAGUUGGAGAUGAUUUAUUUCACUGGCAAGCUACAAUAAUGGGCCCGCCGGACAGCCCUUACCAAGGAGGUGUAUUUUUCUUAACUAUACAUUUUCCAACAGACUAUCCUUUUAAGCCACCAAAAGUGGCCUUUACAACACGCAUAUACCAUCCAAACAUUAACAGCAAUGGAUCGAUUUGCCUCGAUAUAUUAAGAUCUCAGUGGUCGCCAGCAUUAACUAUUUCAAAAGUCUUAUUAUCAAUUUGCUCUCUACUCUGUGAUCCCAAUCCAGAUGAUCCGCUUGUUCCAGAGAUUGCCAGAAUAUAUAAAACUGAUCGGGAAAAAUACAAUGAGCUGGCACGAGAGUGGACUAGGAAGUAUGCUAUGUGAUGCGUUCCAGAUUGCAGCAACAACAGUCCAAUAAUAACAACAACAACAACAGCAACAACAAAAUUAGCAACAGCAAAUAAAACAGCAAAAGCAACAACAACAGCAGCAGCAAAAAACACAACAGCAACCACAAUAAGAGCAACAAAGAUAACAUUUAACAACAAUAGUUACGGCUGCAACAGCUGCACUUCUCCCAUUUGCAACAAUUCCCAUUUUGUUGACCACAACAACAACAACAACAAUAGCGUUGGAGCAACAACAAAUGGCAGCAACAAUAUCAAAAGAAGCAGCCACGAGUGGAACGGAGUCGUCAUGAUGAUAACAACAACAGCAGCAACAUCAUCAUCAACAACAGGAGCAGCAGUAACAACAACAACAACAUCAGCAGCAACAGUUACAACAACUUCAACAGCAACAACAGCCGCAGCAGCAACUGUCUAAUUGAAUUCAAGUUAAUGUGAGCGAGAAAAGCAGCAGCAGCAGCAGCAUGCAUGAAGAGAAAAUAAUUUAAUAAUAAUUACUGAAAACAAAAAAAAAACAAGAAAAUUAUGUAAGCAUAAUAACAUUUAAAGCGAGACAGCUACCAACAACAGCAUCCCACACAUAAUAAGUUUAAAAACAAAACUACAAUAAAGAUCAGCUGGAAAAUUAUUAUUAUUAUUAUAUUAUAUUUAAAGAACCGGAAAAUAAAAAUUACAAAAAUUCAA